GAGGUCGGGGAUGCCAAGCCGGAAGCUCGGCCAAUCGGCAACGGCCUGGGGGGCGGGGCCUGCAAGCUCGUGCGCAGCCUCAGGAGUGGGGAGGGCGAAGGCAGAGAAAGACAGGACGGUUUGUUGGCGGCGGGAGUGGGAGCACCGAGAGAGAGAGAGAGAGAGAGACAAAACCGGCAGCACGACACGUCACUCACCCUUUCUCCUCAUUUAUCCCGAAUAAUACGGCGAGGACGAACUCAAAGUAUAAAAAGGAAACCCGGCCGGACUUUAACGUGACGGACCUUUUCCCGGUGCCUCGCCAUCUGACCGGGUGGUGCUGGUCGAAGGCCCCGACCGUUUUUCCGUCAGCAGCAGCUGUCGCUGUUCGGUUAUCCACCCCUUCCCCUGAGAAACGGAGAGGUACGCAGGGGAAAGGGAAGGGGGUCGGCGAGUGACGACGGCGAUAACCGUUCUGAGAAAUCGGCGGGACCAUGGAAAGAGAAUGGAGAAUAAUUUCCUCCCAUGCACAUCCAGGGAGGGCAGAUUUGAAAAGCCAUGGAGAAGAGACACUGGAUCCAAUCCAAUCUCCGUUCCCAAGAUUUCUGUCAGAGCGUUCGCUGCUCUGUCCCGGUAUUUGCGGAUCUUGUGGCAUGUCCAUAAACAAUAAUCUAAAUGAUGCCCUCCAAAAACUAAAAUUGACUGCUGCUGAUGGCACAUCCGAUAAUGUGGAGGGAUGCCUUGACUGCUUACUCCAAGCCUUGGCUCAAAACAAUGCUGAAACUAGUUUAAAGGUCCAAGAGAGUGGGAUCCUUCAUGUUUUCCCUCGUCUAUUGUCUCCACAUUGUUCCUGCACAGCGAAAGUAGCAAACGUCAUAGCAGAAAUAGCCAAAAAUGAAUUCAUGCGAAACUCAUGUGUGGACACAGCAUUGAUUCCACCUUUGGUUCAACUGCUGAACAACAGAGAUCAAGAAGUGCUCCUUCAAACCGGACGUGCCCUCGGGAACAUUUGCUAUGAUAGCCAUGAGGGCAGGAAUGCAGUUGACCUAUCUGGUGGCGCACAGAUAGUAGUUGACCACUUACAGACACUAUGCAGUAAUAUUGAUGCGGCCAAUCAGAAGCUCUUGACUGUCUUUUGUGGCUUCCUGUUGAACUAUAGCAAUGAUAAUGAUGCUUUGCAGGCCCAGUUGAUAAAUAUGGGGGUCAUUCCGACUUUGGUUCAGUUAUUGGGAAUACAUUCCGAACAUACAGCGCUGACAGAAAUGUGCUUGGUUGCAUUUGGUAACCUAGCAGAGAUAGAGUCUAGCAAAGAGCAGUUCGCAUCAACUAAGAUCGCAGAUGAACUUGUAAAGCUCUUCAAAAAACAAACUGAACACGAGAAGAAAGAAAUGAUUUUUGAAGUUUUAGCUCCACUGGCAGAACAUGAUGUCAUCAAACUACAAUUGGUUGAUGCAGGAUUAGUAGACUGUCUGCUGGAGCUUGUCCAAGAGACUGUGGACAGUAAUAAAGAAGAUGAUAUCUCUGAGCUUAAAACAGCUUCUGAUCUUAUGGUGCUGCUGCUUCUGGGUGAUGAAUCUAUGCAGAAACUGUUUGAUGCGGGUAAAGGCAGUGUCUUUCAAAAGGUGCUUUCAUGGCUUCCUUCAAAUAACCAUCAGCUACAACUUGCUGGAGCACUGGCAAUUGCAAACUUUGCACGAAAUGAUGGAAACUGUAUCCACAUGGUUGAAAUUGGAAUUGUGCAGAAGCUUUUAGACUUACUGGAUAGGCAUGUAGAAGAGGGGAAUGUGACAGUACAACAUGCUGCACUUAGUGCUCUUCGAAAUCUGGCAAUUCCUGUAUCGAAUAAAGCUAAGAUGCUGUCAGCAGGAGUUGCAGAGCAAGUCCUGAAAUUUCUGAAGUCAGAGAUGCCACCCGUUCAGUUCAAACUACUUGGAACAUUACGCAUGUUAAUUGAUGCACAAGCUGAAGCAGCUGAUAAGUUGGGAAAGAACAUCAAACUGGUGGAACGUUUAGUAGAAUGGUGUGAUGCAAAGGAUCAUGCUGGCGUCAUGGGUGAAUCGAACAGGCUGCUAUCGGCACUAAUCAGACACAGCAAAUCAAAGGAUGUUGUCAAAGCCAUCGUUCAAAGUGGUGGUGUUAAACAUUUGGUCACUAUGGCAACAAGUGAGCAUGUUAUAAUGCAGAAUGAAGCUCUUGUUGCUUUGGGAUUGAUUGCUGCUCUGGAACUUGGCACAGCUGAACAGGAUCUGGAGAAUGCUAAACUGGUGGAAAUUCUGCACAAGCUGAUUUCUGAUGAUUCCAGUGCACCUGAAAUCAAGUACAACUCCAUGAUAAUGAUUUGCACCAUAAUGGGAUCGGAACUACUUAGAAAAGAAGCACAAAAUAUGCCAUUCAAGGAGGUCGUGUCAAAGCUUCGCCGCCAUGAGAAUAAGCUUGUAGCCCAGCAGGCAUUAGUGACGGAGCAAAGACUGAUUAUUGAAAGCUGAGAUUUGUUCCCCAUUACCUGUUCUUUAGUGUCUUGUCACUGGAUCACCUUUGUCUGCUGUGAAAUGCUCAUGCGGUACCCUUGCUUCUCACCUAUCGUGCAUGAAUUAGAUUGGUCCUGUCUUGACAAACAAAAAGCUGGGACCAGGUACUUCCAGCUGUAAGCUGUGGUUUUAAACAAAAAAACUUAGCCAUUUGUCAUCCCAUGUCCACGUAAUGUCCCUUUAAAUGCCUGAAGCAAUAUGGUAGAGCUUGCAUGGUGUAGUAAAAUAACAAUGUGGCAAUGUUUAUAGAAAAAAUAAUGCACACCUCCCAUACAGCUGCCCCAUUUGCAUUUUGUACAGAACUGUAAAGCUAUCAGCUGGAGAGGAUGCAGAAAUUAAACCUGGGUUUUCCUUUUAGAUUCAGAUAUUGAAGCUUGCUCCAUUCUUAACGCUUCCAAAAGCCCCACAAAACAACAAUGGAAAAAGAAACUAGCGUGCAUCAUCAGUCCUUCCAGGUGUCCAGAUGUUGGCUGUUAAUUAUGUAAAAUUGUGGUACCUAGAAUUAAUAAAUUAAAUCUAGAGUUC